AUGCCCGUGACAUUCUCUGUCGUCAACCAUCCAGCAACCAGUUGGAAAACCUCCAAGGUUGAGACAACAGAAAAUCUCUUGAAGAAAACCUCUCCUCGAGACUAUCGCCGCUGCCAACGCAUUAUCAGAACCUCAUUCACUCCUUCCCUUCUACAAGAAAAUCAUAUCUCCCCAUCCGAGAACGGCUUCAUAUGGUCUGCCUACCAUGCCUACAGCCAGCAUCACCACCUAACCAUCCGCCCUGAAGACGUCUGGUUCUCCAUCUUGACCCAGAUAAGCUUUUUCAUCAACGCCAAUGCCGAAGAGCUUCGAUCCUUUUUCGUUGCGCAUGAGGGCAAGAAAGAGCUUACGGUCUUUGAGGCUGGAGACCUUGAGAGCGCUAACAUCGGGGCUAUGGCUCAACGGCUGGCAGGGCCUGUUAGCAAGAAUGUCAAAGACCCCGAACUUGGUGACUGGGUCAUGCCUAGCUUCUCGACUACGACCGACACUGACCGAGUGGUUGCUUCUGUCCUGUUGAUGGGAGCUAUGCAGAAAUACUUCUCCUACGGAAUGUGUUUAACUUGUGGAAUCCCUUCUGUUACGCUCCUGGGCGAGAUCUCAGACUGGGAAGCUAUAUUGACGAGAUUAGAUCGACUUGAUCAGCUCGGAAAGGAGCCUGCGGAGUUCGCCGAGAUGCUGAGGCCAAUUCUUAAGCAUAUGAUUUUGUCUUUUGAGAAGCCAGAGGAUGCGAAGGUUACCCGAUUCUGGAACACCCUCGCCACGCGAAAUCCAGUGGGUAGUGGUACCGAUUACAUCACAGGAUGGAUCACGGCAUUUUGCUUCUGGGACGAACAAGGAAAGCCGAAACACCGUAACGAGAAAGACGUACUUGCUGGUGUAGCGUACCCAUCUGUCGACAUCGACAAGGUCACUGUUGGGGUUGCACCAGUGCCAGUCAAGAUCAAUGACAACGGAAACAUAAUUGGCAGCAAGAUGGUCGCUGGAUCAUUUGGUAUCCAGGCAACAACAAAGACUCAGGACAAUUCGACAGAGGAAACUCUUGUCGGUUCUCAGCAGGAAUCGACCGAAGAUACAGGUUCUGAUUCAGAACUCAAUGCAAUUCAACCCCUCUCGGGUUGGCUCAUGUACGAGGACGAGGCAAAGGAAGCAAUGGAAGCUAGGGAGGAGAAGAAGAAGGCUUUACGUGAUGAGUUGGCGGAAGUUGAGAAACUGCCUAGUGGACCAAAUGACUUUGUUCAGGGUGGGAAGUUGCAAAGAAUGAUUUCACUAGGAGGGGAGAUUCAAGAGCUCGAGGCAUUUUGA